AUGAAGAGGAGCACAGUCGUCAUCCGGCCUUCGGCAAGGGCUCUCUCCCGGCAAGCAUCCUCGCAAUCGUUUCUCCUUGCUCGUUCAUCAGCCCUUACCUCUCGCCAACGAAGGCUCUACUCAACCCAUCCACCAAACGCGCGUCUCAACCUUCCCAUUGACUACGCGACAACCCCCCUUCUCGCCCACACCUCCCAAGCAGCCCUCUCCAACCCCGAGCUGCCAGCCUCGGUGCGCAACGGCACUACAAAGCGCAUGAACCUCUUCCAAGCAAUCAACGACGCCCUCUCGACCGCCCUCGCCGAAGACGAGUCGGUCCUCAUCUUCGGCGAGGACGUCGCCUUCGGCGGCGUCUUCCGCUGCACGACAAAGCUGGCCGAGACGUACGGCGGCGACCGCGUGUUCAACACGCCGCUGACGGAGCAGGGCAUCAUGGGGUUCGCGAUUGGCGCUGCUGCUGAGGGCAUGCGGCCCGUGGCGGAGAUCCAGUUUGCUGAUUAUGUCUUUCCUGCAUUUGAUCAGCUUGUGAAUGAAGCGGCGAAGUUCCGGUAUCGUGACGGGGCGGGCGGACGGAGCGCGGGCGGGUUGACGGUGCGCAUGCCCUGUGGCGGUGUCGGGCAUGGCGCGCUGUACCAUUCGCAGAGCCCUGAGGCCCUGUUUACGCAUAUCCCAGGGUUGAAGGUCAUCAUUCCGCGUGGGCCGGUGCAGGCGAAGGGCUUGUUGCUGGCUGCGAUCCGGAGUAAUGACCCGUGCGUCGUCAUGGAGCCCAAGAUCCUGUAUCGCGCUGCAGUCGAGCAGGUCCCGACUACAGCGUACGAACUGCCGCUUGGAAAGGCAGAAAUACUCAAGGAGGGCAAAGACGUCACCGUCGUGUCGUAUGGCCAACCUCUGUACAAGUGCAUGGCUGCCCUGAAGGCAGCUGAGCAGGACUUCGGGGUGUCGGUGGAGUUAAUCGACCUGAGGACGAUCUAUCCAUGGGACAAGGAGACCGUCUUCAACAGCGUGCGCAAGACGGGACGGUGUGUGGUCGUCCAUGAGGCUAUGGUGAAUGCUGGUGUUGGCGCUGAGGUGGCUGCUGCGAUUCAAGAAGAUCCCGAGACUUUCGUCAGGCUGGAGGCGCCUGUUGCGAGAAUUGCGGGAUGGAGCAUCCCCACGCCGCUGGUGUUUGAGCAGUUUAAUUUACCGGAUGUCACCACUCGCGGAUGUCGUCGCAGGCACGUCUUCUUGCCCAAGAACUAUCUUGCUCUCAACCUUUCUACAGACAUCAAGAACUUGACUUCGUCGACACCGAAUUUGAUCAACGAGCUCGGCCCAGCCUUCCAGAAGUACAACGAAGAGCAGUUCACCACGGUCAAGCUGCCCGGAAGCAGCCAACACGUCAUAAUCAGCUCGCAUAACUCCCUCGGUGGUAGCCGCUACUACGACGUCGAGACCUCGACCAGCUUCGCGUUCGACCACACCACGCAAAAAGCCAGCGCUGUUGAGACCUAUGUCGUGGAGGGCGCACAAGGGGAUCUAACGAAAUCCGUCAUCAAGGCGCUUGCGCCCUAUGUCAAAGAACACUACAGCAAUGCCGCGUAUGGCGCCUGGCCGAUCGAGAAUGACUCCAAGGUGGCCAUUAUCAUUGUGGCCAACAAAUACAGUCCGAACAACUACUGGAACGGGCGCUGGCGCUCACUCUACAUCUUGGACCCGGCUGCUGGCACUGUCGAGGGUAGCAUUAAGGUCGACGUGCACUACUACGAGGACGGUAACGUGCGGCUGUUGACUGAUAAGCCGGUGACGGCGUCCGUGUCGGCGACUGGCGCGGCCAUCGUCAAGGAGAUAUCGGCGGUAGAGAAGAAGUACCAGGAGGAGCUGAACCGCAGCUUCGCGAGCCUCAGCGAGGGCGCCUUCAAGGCCCUGCGCCGGCAACUGCCUGUCACCAGGCAGAAAAUCGAGUGGGAGAAGAUAGCCGGGUACCGGCUGGGACAGGACAUUGGCGGGGGUGGGGCUCGGCGAUCCGAUGGUGAUCUGGUGGCCCCGGAGCCCACAUGGUACCCCGUCUUGCUGCGACGCCGAUGCGGGAGCGGACAGCAGUGGGAUGGGCGAGCAUCUGGAAAACGGAAAACGGUCGCCGUCCAGCAGCGCGAAGAUCGCGAGGAGGGGAGCACUAACUUCGAUGAUGCACAAGCCACAAGAUCGACUUAUUUCCAACUCUACACUUUAUUAUGUGUUUCUCGAUUCCGUAUUCGCAAAGACCAUGAUUUUUGA